AGUAUCACCACGGAAUGUCGGAUCCAUCUGCCCAUAAUCCGGAAAUUCAACAUGACCCGUUUAAACGUUAGACGGCUACUUAGAAUAUCGCCAUUUAUUUGACAGAGAUCUGGAUCUGUUUCUAGAACACCUAAUGAUAGUCCUAAGUAAUUUCCAGCCUCUCUAUAUAAUUAUUAAUUUUUAAUACCAUAAGGGAAUAUAACUUGCCGCCUGGCCGUGACGUACCAGCGUGAUUAACCCGGGAAUCAUUAUAAUAAUGGACGCGAAAUAUAUGGAGGCAACUUGUAAAUGUAAGUGAAUCAUCUAAUUUAAAGAUAUGUCUUAAGUCAAGUAUAUUACGAAUAUGACAAGGAUUAAAUCUCGAGACGGCCAUGAUGGGGGUUCGGGAGAAGUAGCAAGGGAACGCAACUGGAAUAGUGAUGGUCGACUGUCGGGUCUGCAAAACAUCGGACAAACUGAAAACACUUUAAAUAGAAAAAGUUGGAAUAGUGAACGAGAUUUAAAUCGAGGAAGCAAUACGUUCGUGGGAAAAACACAGAGUAAUUCUGGCACUCCUUUACUAUCUGAAUAUAAGUUAGUUAAUGGAACAUCACCAGAAAAACAACAUGGAAAGAUAAACUGUAAUCGAGAUGCAGGUAGUGGUAGCGAAAUCAACAGUGAUUCCUUUGGAACAUGGCCCAUAGAUAGGACUAAUAAGACACAAACUCGCACUACAUUUCAAGUGCCUUUACAUUUUGAUGUCGUUAAUGAGCCGGAGUGUGCACCAUCUGGACUUCAGGCGGAGGGAUACCUACAUUCAUCUGAGCUUGAAAUCCCAAAACAUCAACUUCCGGAGAUUGUUAUUCCGAAUGAAAAAGUAGAACUUACUGAACUAAGUGGCUUUGACACUUACGGUCCCGAAAGGGACUCUGAAAGUUGGACUCCUUUACGUAGGCGUAGUACAAAGCAUAGAAAAUCACGUCAAACAAAACGGAAAUGUGGCGCGGGACGAUUAAAAGCUUCAAAUAUGUUUGAACUUGGUGUAAAUAUUUUAGAAGGUGCUAACAACUCUAAGAGUGUAUUGUACGAUGCGUUUAAGAUCAUCACAGUCUGGGCUGGACGUAGCGAUGAUGACUCCGUGGACCGUCUCAACUACAGGUACACGACCAUCAUCCUUGUUCUGUUCGCAGUGCUCGUCACUGGAAAACAAUACGUCGGCCACCCAAUUGCAUGCUGGACACCUACUCGCUUUACGGAAGCGCACGUGGAAUACGCGAACAGUCUAUGUUGGAUUAAAAAUACAUACGUUAUUCCAACUAUUGACGCCGAUAUCCCAAAAGAAGAUGCUCUUCGCGAACAGGAGGAAAUUGGCUACUACCAAUGGGUCCCAAUUGCGUUGCUUUGCCAGGCAGCGUUGUUCUAUUUUCCGUGCCUCGUUUGGAGAUUUCUGAACGACAAAAGUGGGAUUAACUUAAAUGGUUUGGUGUCCUCCGUGCAAGAUGUUCACGCCAAUCCGGACAAUAGGGACAAGAUGAUUGAUUUCAUGGUCCGUUGUAUUGAUAGAGGAUUGGCUUCCCGGCAGGACAGACGUAGAGGCCUUUGUUUCAAAAUAAAACACAGACUGGCUCAAAUGAAGCUGUUUUGUGGGCGUCGCCAUGGUAACUACCUGAUGCCUCUUUACUAUGCCAUAAAACUACUGUAUAUAGUUAACUCUAUGGGACAAUUGCUGUUGCUCAAUAUAUUCCUUGGGACAGACUAUACCUUAUACGGCGUCCAGGUUAUCAGGGACCUUUUGAAGGGAUCCGAUUGGACGGCCACUCAGAGAUUCCCAAGGGUCACCCUAUGUGACUUUAAAGUACGAGAAGUUGGGCUUAACGUACACAGAUAUACUGUCCAAUGUGUACUUCCUAUUAAUCUAUUUAAUGAGAAAAUCUAUUUGUUCAUAUGGUUCUGGUUUCUAACCAUUGCCGUUCUGACAUUGUUUAGUUUUCUAACUUGGAUAUGGUUGAUGGUAUUCAGUAGACGUACGAAGUAUAUCAAAUCAUUCUUGAAGUUACUUGGAAUGUACAAUGGGGAACGUGACAAGAAAAUGUUACGAACGUUCGCGGACACAUACCUAAGACAAGACGGGAUAUUUGUGCUGCGUCUGCUCGAGAGGAACACCAGUGACAUCAUACUCUCGGAGAUUAUCGCGGGACUCUGGGAGAAUUACAAAAGAAAUAUACCUCCGUUACCAGAUAUAGAUGCGUCAUCGCCGACACAUGGAGUCGUACGGAAUAGAAACAAAGCUCCUUCUGCGCCGAAGUACAAUCAGCACCGUCCAUCAUGAUACAGAGACUGCAAACGUCGUGCGUAUGGCAGCAUACCGGAAUGAUAAAUCAGGAUCGUAAACGAGGUGAUGCGAGAGACUGUAUCCCCGUGGGAUAUGCGUAGUUUCUCAUCGGACCUCAUUGAGAAUUCCCUCAAUUAGAUACGAUGUCAAGUUAUGGGGUCAUAUACAAUUCACAUGGAAAGGAGAAGAGCUGGUUGAUUGAAUGUAGUGUCCAUGAUAAUGCCGAUAACUGAAUGACAGAGUUGGCACUGUAAAGAUGGCGACGAAGCUCCAUCAAACAAUGCCUAAACGUGUAAACAAUGUUUCUCUACCUUACAUGUGCCUGUCUAGGUAUUGUCUAGGUAUUGUCUAGGUAUAAAUGUUAGGAAAUCAUUUUUGAAACAAAAUAUGAGAGCCUGACAAAAUCUGAAUUUUAGAAAAUGUAGAAAUGUAGAUAAUUUCAUUUUGGAAACACAGUUGUAUUCUAAUGAAAUCGAAGAAUGCCCAGAUAAAUGUGCCCCUUUUCGAUGAAAUAGUUAUUGGUACAACUCGUUUAAACGAAAUCAGGAGCUUUGACAUUGUAAAGAGGUGUACGCGACAGAAUUAAGGCAGAAUCUUCAUGUGAUGCAGCUUUAGCUAUACAUCACACGAUACAAGAGAGUACCAAAGAUGAAAUAUUCGGCAGAGGCUGCAUAAGUCGUCCCGAUAGACUUUUACUGUCAGUGUAUAUAGGAAGAUUAUUCAAUGAAUACUAACUUUGAGUAAGGAGUCUCACAUGUUUAUUUACCUAUUGUAGUUAUUCGUUUUGAGCAGAGGCUGGCAGGGACGAAAUGUAAUGUACACCCCUCCGAAAGUAUGGUCAUGUUAACUAACCAUUGGGUUGUAUGAAAAGCCUUGUUUAUCACGGGAUUUUAUUUACCUUAUAAGGGUAUGACUAUGGUGAAUCUUAAUAUCCUUAUAUAUAAACAGGCUUUAAUCGUCAACUAGGGAAGUUGGUUUGCCAAACUUUUGAAAGGAGCAAACCGUUCAUUCAAGAUCAUUUCCCCUUCAUAUUUUUAUUUCACCUCAACAUUAUGUUUUUUAGAAUAAAUGACAGGUAGUAUUCUUAGGUGGAAUUGUUGAUGCGAUCUUUUGAAUGUUUGUGUACUUCAGUUUUGAGCCAAAUAUCCAUUCAGCGUAUUUUAUAAUCAAGUGAAAUGGUUCUUAUACAAUUGUGUACACAGCAAACUACCAAAAUGCUUUAGGAUCAUAAGGCUAACUAAUCUAUCAUAAAACAGAAUCACGGUAGAGGGGCCGUUUCGUCUCGUGUAAUUUUUUAAUUUAUAGCCAAGGAGGAUUGGAAGCCAGGUUUCCAACUCGGUAUUCUUUAAUCUCCAAUCGAUGAGGUAGUUUCCAAUCCUGCCUGUAUAUUUCUACGGCUGCAAGGAGAAUGGCCGAUAUUCUUGAU